GCUCAGCAGACGGUGCCCGGCGCGCUCGGUUGGCGGAGAGUCUCCGCCCCGGCGUUGCGCACCCAAGUCUAACCGCUUGCUGGGGAGGGGGUCGUCAUGGGUACCCCGAGGAAUCGGGGGCUCCUGGCUUGGAUGAUCGCCGCUCUUCUCCUCCAGCUGCAUUUCUCCUCCGUCCCGGCGCAGGGGACAGGGAAGCCCUUCGGAGACCCUGAACAGGUCCGCAUGACCUCCGAAGGCUCCAACUGCCGCUGCAAAUGCAUCCUGCGCCCCCUCAGCAAGGCCGCCUGCGCCCGUCUCCGCGAAGGCGGCAGGAGAGGGGAGGACUUCUACACCGUGGAGACGGUCAGCUCCGGGGAAGACUGCCGGUGCUCCUGCGCCGCCCCCCCAGCCUCGCUCAACCCCUGCGUGGACGAGUGGAAGGCCGAGAGGCUUAAGAAGCAGGCCCCUGAACUCCUCAAGCUGCAGUCCAUCACCAACCUGCUGGAAGGGGCUCUCUACAGCAUGGAUUUGAUGAAGGUCCAUUCCUACAUCAACAAGGUGGUGGAGCAGAUGAACAAUUUGGAACAGAUGGUGAAAACCAACCUGAGUCGCGACAGCAACGCGGUGAAAGAGAGCGUCAUGCACCUGAGUGACCAGAUGAAGCGCUACGAGAACUACUCGGACAUCGUGGUGGGCCUCAAGAAGGAGCUUUCGAACCUGGAGCAUCAGCUGCUCCAGAAAGAUGCAGCUGUCGCAAGUCCGGAACACAAGGCGCAGGACACUGUGGGGCACAAGGAGAGCGUUCAGAAAUACGCCGGUCCUCAGAAAAGUCUGGGGGGCAAAGAGACCCCCAAGGAGAAGGCAGAAAAAUCGAGGAAGGAAAGUGCCAAGGGCAGGACGGGCCUCCCACCACCCACUUCUAAAUACAAUUCCUCCGGGCAGCAAACUGUCAUCCGGGGUCAUGUGUACUACAAAGCGGGGCACCGAGCGGAAGCAGAGGGGGUGGCGAGCAGCCACGAAAACCCCAGGAAGGAAGCUGGACUGACACUGGUAGACCAAGAGACCCUCCCCAGGGUGGGGGAAAGUCCUCCUAUGGCUUCCCCUGACAACGCAACCUCCGUGGCGCCCACCACGACCAUCGGCGCCACGCUCCAAAGCCGACCUGGCCCUCCUCUGCUCUCCAGGAGACGUGGCCACGUCCCCGAGAUGCCUUCCCCGCCCAGCCACGCCCACGAGGCCUCAUGUGAGGGGACCCUAAAGGCCGUGGAUGCCCCCCAGCAGCAGCACAGCUAUGGUCGAAACGAGGGCGCCUGGAUGAAGGACCCGGUGGCCUCCGAUGACCGGAUCUACGUGGCCAACUACUAUUACGGGAACAACCUGCUGGAAUUCCGCAAUCUGGAGAAUUUCAAGCAAGGGCGUUGGAGUAACUUCUACAAACUCCCCUACAACUGGAUUGGAACUGGCCACGUGGUCUACCAAGGCUCCUUUUACUACAACCGGGCCUUCACCAGGAACCUCAUCAAAUACGACCUGCGCCAGCGCUUCGUGGCCGCCUGGUCCUUCCUGGACGACGUCGUCUACGAGGACACCACGCCCUGGAAGUGGCGCGGCCACUCCAACAUCGACUUGGCUGUGGAUGAGAGCGGGCUGUGGGUCAUCUACCCGGCGAUGGAUUCCGGCGAGCAGGAAGUCAUCGUGGUGAGCAAGCUGGAUCCGGCCGACCUCUCCAUGCAGAAGGACACCACGUGGAAGACCGGCCUCCGGCGCCACGCUUACGGGAACUGCUUUGUGGUCUGCGGCGUGCUUUACGCCGUGGAUGAGUGCAACGCCCGGGAUGGCCGAGUGACCUAUGCCUACGACACUCACACCGCCACUGAAGUCCGCCCCGAGCUGCCCUUCCACAAUGAAUUUGGCUUCACCACCCAAAUUGACUACAACCCCAAGGAGAAAGUCCUUUACGCCUGGGAUAAUGGCCACCAAGUGACCUACAAGCUGCAAUUUGUGGCUUGAGGACCGGGAGCCCCGAAAUGCCACGGGUGGGUUUCCGGAGGGGGUUGUCUGUGGCUGCAAGAUGGUCCCAGCCUCCGGGAGAGACAUUUGAUGGAAGGGAUGGGGCCGACGUCUUGCAGACGGCGCAAUUUCUCGGGGACAUUUGGGGCGCCUCCAGCCGCUGGCAGGGUUUGGGGGUGACGGCAAUUAGAAAGCCGCUGUUUGUCGUAGGCUCCCUUCUUGUGAAAUUUCUUGCUAGAGGGCAUCCCCUUAAAAUAAUGUGCAUUUUGUCAGAGUGCGCGCAGCGGUACUACUUGAGACAACCCAGGAACAAUCACAUCAAACAAAGGUUUGUAAGAAGGAAUAGUGGUUUAUCUCUACCGAAGAAUAUAUACAUACACAUACUAGGCAAACAAACAAUCAGCAACUACAGCAUGAAAGCACACAGGGAGAGAGAGAGAUACGCUCCAGCAGGGCCUCUCUUAUAACACAGACUCUUAAAGUGGUAACGGUCAAAUAACCCUGCUGACGCAUUACUACCAUUGCAUCAUCAUUACAGCAUUACAGCAGCUAGUCAGCUCUUAAAUCAUCAUUAUCUUGACACAUGUUUUGUAAUCUAGGAAACUUUUCUGCAAUGUUUACAUGGUGAGGCUGUUGGCUGAACGGGAAGGUUCAGGCAUUGAGCUAAGUGCCAAGAGUCAUUUUCUUUUGACUAGGGCAGGGGUCUCCAACCUUGGCAACUUUAAGACUUGUGGAUUUCAACUCCCAGAAUCCCUUAGCCAGCAAAGCUGGCUGAGGAAUUCUGGGAGUUGAAGUCCACAAGUCUUAAAGUUGUCAUGGUUGGAGACCCCUGGACUAGGGAGCUGUGUGUAACUAGCAUCACAGGGAGUCCUUGAGUUAUGACCAUCAUUGAGCCCCCACCCCAAUAUACAUGUCUAAGAGAAACAUUUGUUAAGUGAGUUUUUACGACUUGUUCUUGCCACAGUUGUUAAGCAAAUUGCUUCAUGUGUUACAUUAUUAUGUUAUUACAAUAAUAGAUAUGCAGUAUAUAGAAUAGAAUAGAAUAGAAUUUUUGUUGGCCAAGUGUGAUUGGACACACAAGGAAUUUGUCUUGGUGCAUAUGCUCUCGGUGUACAUAAAAGAAAAGAUACGUUCAUCAAGGUACAACAUUUACAACACAAUUGAUGGUCAAUAUAUCAAUAUAAAUCAUAAGGAUUGCCAGCAACAAAGUUAUAGUCAUACAGUCAUAAGUGGAAAGAGAUUGGUGAUGGGAACGAUGAGAAGAUUAAUAGUAGUGCAGAUUCAGUAAAUAGUUUGACAGUGUUGAGGGAAUUAUUUGUUUAGCAGAGUGAUGGCCUUCGGGAAGAAACUGUUCUUGUGUCUAGUUGUUCUGGUGUGCAGUGCUCUAUAGCGUCGUUUUGAGGGUAGGAGUUGAAACAGUUUAUGUCCAGGAUGCGAGGGGUCUGUAAAUAUUUUCACGGCCCUCUUCUUGAUUCGUGCAGUAUACAGGUCCUCAAUGGAAGGCAGGUUGGUAGCAAUUAUUUUUUCUGCAGUUAUAUUAUUGUAAUAACAUAAUAAUGUAACACAUGAAGCAAUGUAACAUACAUAAUGCAAUAUAUUUUAUUGUUAAGUGAAUUUGGUUUCCUCCGUUGGUUUUGCUUGUCGGAAGGUCACAAAAGCGGAUCAUGUGACCCCAGGACGCUACGACCGUCAUAAAUGCAAGUCAGUGGCCACGGGUCUGAAUUUUGAUCAGGUGACCUUGGGAGACGCUACAACGGUCGUGAGUGUGAAAAACAGCCGUAAGUCACUUUUUUUCAGUGCUGUUGUAGUGUUGAACGGUCGCUCAACAAACUGUUAUUAAGUAUCUGCAAAUACAUGACAUGAAAGGGAUGAGAGAAUUUAGUGGCCAGUUCAGGUAGUCCUCGACUUAUGACCGCAACUAAGCCCAAAACGCCCAUUGUUAAGCGAGACAUUGAGUUUUGCCCUGUUUUAUGACUUUUCCUGCCUCAGUUGUUAAGUGAAUCCUCACCGUUAAUAAGUUAGUCACCCGGUUGUUAAGUAAAUCUGGCUCCCUGCCCCCCCCCAUGGGCGUUGGUGGUCAGAUGGUUGCAAAAUGGGGAAUCACGUAACCCCGGGGCAGGUGGGCGGGACUCUGCAACCCGUCACAAAGACGAACGAGCCCUUUUGCCGAGCGUCUGAAUUUUGAUCAGGUGACCCUGCAACGGUCGUAACUGUGGAAAAAACAGUCCUCGGUCACACUUUUUGCAGUGGCGUUGUUACUAAAUGAACCGUUGUACAUCCAGGACUACUACCUGUAUUAAACAGGAGCAAUUCUGACUGUCCCACAAGGAUGGGGAGGAUUCAGUGGCGAGAGGCACAAAAUAGCUGCCUGCUCCACUUUAGGGGUGUGUGUGUGUGUUUAUACAUUCCCCCCCUCCCCAUCCAGGGACCAAAUGUCCCAAAUAUUUGGUCUUUCUUGCCAUUUGCUGAGGUCAGCCUUCACACUGCUCGGGACAUUGGUGUGAAAAUCCACACGGUUCCUCUCCUCUCUCGCAGUACGCACCCCUCUCCAGCUGUCCCUUCUCUCCCCCCCCCCCACUCCGCUUGCAAAAAGUUCUCACAACUUUGUGUGUGUGUUUCACUGAAAAUACACGAGAUACAGUAGUGGCCAAAAUUGUGAAAACCUUUCGGGAAGGAAAAGUGCAUUUUUUGAGGUUUGAUGGCUAAUAACACCACUUUUUUAAAAAAAAUUUUGGAGUUUCCAGAUAAUCCUUUUCUACAGCUGGAAUGGCCUGGGAAUAGCCCAGACCUUUCACCCAAUGGAAAAUCUAUGGAUUUUCCGACUAAAGAAACUUGUUAGUCAGAACCGACCCAGCAAUAAAACCCAGUUAAGAGAAGCCAUCAUUCAAUCUUGGUUUCCCAUUAGAACAGCUGCAGAACUCAAAGACUCGGUUCACUCCAUGGGAAGACGUUGUAAGGCUGCAAUUCAUGCUAAAGGUUACCCAAUAAAAUAUUAACAGACAUGGGGAUAAUUUUUGUAGAUCUCAUUUUUUCUACGUUUCCCUUUUCUUCUUUAUCCUGUAACUGCUAGUCUAAUAGCAAAUCCUUCAGAAAAAUUGUAGCAUUACAUUCUUGAUUCAAUUAUCUUUAUAUCAUUAUAUAUAAUUUUAUGGUACUGCUUCAAAAAAAAGUGGUGUUGUUAGCUAGUUUUAGAAAAUAUAUAUUUUCCUAAAAGGUUUCCACAAUUUUGGCCACUGCUGUAUUUUUCUCAGCCAAUGGGGAUCUGCGGCCAUCUCUGAGAAGGUCACCGCAGUAAACAAUUCGUUUAGUGACCGUUCAAAGGUCUGAUGUCACUGAAAAAUGGGACUUACGACCGUUUUUCGCAGAAAUGUCCUUUGCAGCCUCCCCAUGAUUAAACUUCAGAUGCUUGGCAACUGGUUCAUAUUAAUGACGGCUGUAGGGUCCCAGGGUCACUUAAUCCUCUUUUGCGACCGUCUGGCAAGCAAUGUCAAUGGGGAAGAUAGUUUCAUUUAACAACUGGGUUGCAAACUUAUCAAGUGCAGUGAUUCACUUAACAACCAUGGUAAGGAAGUGGUUCACUUAACGACUGUGGCAAAAAAAAGCCAGAUUCACUUAACAGCCAUGGCCAGGAAGUGGUUCACUUAAUGACUGUGGCAAAAAAAGCCAGAUUCACUUAACAACCGUGGCAAGAAAGUGAUUCACUUAAUGACUGUGGCCAAAAAAGCCAGAUUCACUUAACAACCAUGGCAAGGAAGUGAUUCACUUAAUGACUAUGGCCAAAAAAGCCAGAUUCACUUAACAACCAUGGUAAGGAAGUGGUUCACUUAUUGAUUGUGGCCAGAGGAAGCCAGAUUCACUUAACAACCGUGGCAAGGAAGUGAUUCACUUAACGACUGUGGCCAAAAAAGCCAGAUUUACUUAACAACCGGGUGAGUAACUUUACCAACUGCAGCGAUUCACUUAAGAACCAUGGGAAGAAAGAACAGGACCAAAGUCACUCGAGCAAUGUCUCACUUAACCACAGAAAUUUGGGCCUCAAUUGUGGUCGUAAGUCGAGGACUAUCUCCUAUCCCUUUGGGCACAGGUCUGCAAACUUGGGGCCACUUAAGAUUUGUGGGCUUCAACUCUCAGCCGGCUGGGGAAUUCUGGGAGUUGUAGUUGCCACGUUGCCCACUUUGCAGAGUCCUGCCCUUCGGCACUGGACUGGAGAGGUUCACACACAUAUGAAAGUCGGCUUCUUUCGCCCACAAUCUUUCUUUUGUUGUUGUUGUUGUUGUCAUUUUGCUGGGAAGAAAGUUGCCAGAUUUUUCCUAGGGCAAAGAAGAAAAACUGCCCGGGGGCACAGAGACGGUACCCGACCACUAUACAGAAAUUGGGGGACACACAAGGCAACCACUGACUGGCCAUUUUAACCAGCUAGAGCAGCUGCUGGCUGAGGAACUCUGGGAGUUGAAGUCCACAAAUCUUAAAAGAGCCAAGUUUGCAGACCCCUGAGCUAGAGAGAAAUCCGGGCAGGUCCUGGUUAGAAGCUGGUGGGAUUGAAAUUUUUAUGGAUUUUUUUCUCAGACAAAGCAAGCAUUUCUGCCCCCCCCCCAAUACUUUUUGGGUGCCAGAUCCUGGCUUGGGAUGGGGGAGGUUUCCAUCCAGAUACUGUGGGUAGGUGGGUGUCACCCCAAAUGGCCAGCUGGAAACGGGGGGAAAAGAGAUUGCUGCGUUUUAAUUCUCUCUUCCUCCUCUUUUGCUAUCUUUUGACUUGGCCCCAUGAGGACUAGAAACCUGGGAAAACGUCUGUACGUGUCUUUGCAGGCCCAGCUUCGGCGGGACCCAAAUAUUUCAAUUUUUUUAGGUCCUUCUCUCAUCAGUUGCUCCCCCACCCGUCUUGGGAACGCCAGAAGGAGUUGGGGGGGGACUGGGGGAGCAGUCAGCUUUGGCAAAAGAGCAUUAAC